AUGAAAAGUUCAAAAAUCACAAAUCAUAGAUAUUUUCCAGUGGAUGGAUGUCUACCAGACAUUGAUUAUUCAUUGAUGAGAAUGAAAAAUCUGGAUGAUCUCGAUUUGGAUAAAGUUUUAAUGGAAUAUGAGUAUGUUCACGUACAACGCAUUGAUCAUGGUUCAAACUCCGGAUUUAAUCUAAAAUUAACAUCAAGCAAUAUACAAAACAUUGGUAAGCAACUUUAUGAAGAUGUGUUCGUUGAAACGGAAAAUUGUAAAAAUGGAAUCAAAACUGGUGAUCAAGUGAUACAAAUUAAUGGUGUAUCAGUUAGAAAUUUAAAACAAGCAAAUGAACUUCUGGAACGAUCUGGUAAAUCUGUCAGUCUUUUAUUAUUGAGACCUGUCAAAAUUUCUAAUUCAGACGGUGACAAGUCUUUCUGCAUUCCCAGUAAAAGUGAAUUGAUUAACAAAACCUGUAUAAAAAAUCAAAUUAUCCAAUCAUCACGAACAUUACCUCACAUCGUUUACACAACACCAGACCGUCUAAGACAAACGAUUUGGUUACAACAAUAUAUAUUACGAGAAAAAUUAAACUUACUAUCAAAAACAGAUUGUAAUAUUGAUAAUGAUAUUAUUGUCAAACAAACUAACUCAAAUUUAGGUGUCAAUGAAAAAAAUAUGAGUGAGGAUCAAACUAAGAUUCAUGGUGUAACUGGUUCACCUCAUAAGUUUGAUUCAAGAACAUGCAGUACUACACUUGCAUCUUGGAGAAUCAGACGAAGUGCAGAUGGAACUCGAUAUAUAACCAAAAAAUACAAAAGACCAUUAGAAUUGUCAAAUUGUAAACCUUUCCGACAGAAUGUGGAUGAUCGACAUCAAAAUGACAAAAAUCUUUCCGUCAGUCGUACAAACUUCUCAUGUUCUGAUAUAUCUGAAAAGCACAAGAACUCAGAUAUUCCGUCAGAGUCUAUGACAAAUUUCGAAAAUGUAAAUAAUCGUUUACAUUUGUAUCAUUUCAACAACAUCCCAACUGUAAAUAAUGUUACAUCGUCGGAAAGUAACUUGGUAAAACGUUGUGAAAUUAAAUUCGAAAAUACUGAAACUCUUAAGAACAGUUAUAGGACAUAUGACAUACAGUCAAACAUACCCACCUCAAUCUUAAUAAAACCACCAAUUCUAUUUCGACGUAGUCAAUCUACCAGUGUGCCACGUAAGUCUGGUGUACGCUUUGAUACUGAAAAGAAAAAUAUCAAAUUAGUUACAAAUAAUUCUCAUUAUUCAAUGUUGUACAAUAACAAUAAUAACAAUAAACAAAGUAACAAAUUAAAAUUGAAUUCACCUCAAACAUCUGUGUCAGUUGUAACUAUAUGAAACCAAAAAAAAGCAAAUUCGUCUAAUGAAACGAACAUUCACUUAUUCUUUCUUAUUGAUGUGGAACAUGUUUUUUUUUUAGAAAUUAC